UCCGGAUACUGGUUCAACGUUCCAUGGAAUUGAUAGAGAUCAGAUAGAGAUCGAUGGCCGACGUCACGACGCCGCAUCGGCGGUCGCCUAAAUCUCACAACAUGAUGAAGAACAUGUUCCGGGAGAGCGACGACGAGAGCAGCAGCAGUGAUGACGAAGACGACGAGGAAGACGGCGACCCACGAGACAAGGAAGGGCUGUCCGCCGUUCCCCCACAUGCCGACAACGACGACACCAUGGCUUACACUGGCCUCUGUCAUGAUUUCCAAGUGGUCCUUCGGCAAGAUCGUAAGAAAGGGAUCGCCCAUCAACUGUGGCCAGCUGCCACGUUCCUUUCGCAUUACCUCGAGCAACACGUCGAGACGUUGCUUCCUCCUGGCACGAGCGUCCUGGAACUUGGCGCGGGCAUCGGCCUCUGCGGCCUCGUGUGCUACAAGCUGCAUGCGACGUCGGUGGUGCUCACAGACUUGCCGGUAGCCAUGUCACUACUCGAUACGAACGUCCUCCUCAAUGCAGUUGAACCCGGCGAGCAAAUCCCGUCAACCAAGCAGAGUGUGCGACCGAUGGUGCUGAGUUGGGGAAGCGAGAGCGAGUUGGCGGCAGUGCUGGCGACCAUGGACAAGUCAAGUCAGUGGGUAUGUGUGGCGGCGGACUGCGUCUACUGGGAAGCCUUGUUCGAGCCGUUCUUCCACACCGUGCGGGCGCUGGUCGUGGACCACCAUGUGGACGUGAUCCUCGCGCAUGUGAAGCGAUGGAAAAAGGACGAGCGCUUCUUCAAGAUGUGUCGCAAGCACAUGCAAGUGAUCCAACUCGUGGAGGACGUAUCCCUGGAGCUGCAAGAGCACACGCAGGACCACCAUCGAGUGAUCAAGCGCAUCUACCGACUCACCGCCAAAGUGUAGAAAAUCCUCGACCGACUACUUCGUGUGGAAAUUGAUGUCAAGUAUUUGAAGCCGCCUUAUCCGGAUGUCAUUCUUGUUACGCACCUGCAAUGCAACUCCCUUGAUUUAGUGACUGUGUGUAUUGAAAAGCAUUGC